AUGGUGGGACACUCCCCGGCGGGAACGACUCCUACUCAUGCGCAGUCCUCGCUGCCUUCGCUGCCGUCGCAUUUGCAGUCGGACACGCAUUUGACGGCACAUCUAGCCAGCCGAUUCCAUGUCGGUUUGCCAACUGCUCGCCUGUCAUCCCAAGCCUUGAUCAGUCUCAAUACAUACACUUCGUCAUCCAAAGGUCCCGAUGGCGCCAAAGAGGGUAGUGCCAUGGGCGAGGCCGAGGACCUUGCCCGGCGUGCUUUUACCCGUCUUGGAUCUCGCGGCGAAAACCAGGCCGUCGUAUUUCUAGGAGAGAGUGGAUCAGGAAAAACCACCAUUCGUGCGCACGUGUUGUCAGCGUUCCUCUCGUUCUCAUCGACCCCUUUGUCGUCGAAACUGUCGUACGCAGCUUUUGUCUUCGACACUCUGACCACCACCAAGUCCCUCACCACACCCACCGCGUCAAAGGCCGGUCUUUUCCUAGAAUUGCAAUAUGAUGGCUCGACCUCCGUCAACCCUACAUUGAUUGGCGGUAAGAUUAUUGACCACAGACUUGAGCGGAGUCGUAUUGCCUCGGUCCCCACCGGCGAGCGAAGCUUCCAUGCGCUCUAUUAUCUCCUGGCUGGCACAAGCGCCGCGGAGAAGAGCCAUUUGGGCUUUGACAACCCCGUUCAUGUGUCCACGGGCAACAAGCUCUCAUCGCCCUCCAUCGGUCACAAAAGGUGGAGAUACCUGGGUCAUCCGACCCAACUAAAGGUCGGCAUUAACGAUGCCGACGGUUUUCAGCAUUUCAAGACGGCUCUCAGGAAAUUGGAGUUCCCUAGAAGCGAAAUCGCCGAGAUCUGCCAAAUCCUUGCCGCCAUUUUGCAUCUCGGCCAGCUGGACUUCAUCAGCGGACAGGCUACCACUACGUCUGCCGAGGAAUCUGGUGGGUAUUCUCACGAGGGCGGUGAAACCGUCACCAUGGUCAAAAACAAGGAAGUGCUCUCUUAUGUCGCUGCUUUCUUGGGUCUGGGUGUUGAGGAGCUUGAAAAUAGCUUCGGAUACCGGACGAAGACGAUCCACCGAGAGCGAGUGACCGUCAUGCUCGACCCUAAAGGCGCACGCCAGAACGCCGAUGAGCUGGCGCGGACCAUCUACUCCCUUAUGGUCGCCUACGUGCUUGAGACCGUCAAUCAGAGAAUCUGCGCCGCUGAGGAUAGCGUGUCCAACACCGUCUCCAUCGUGGAUUUCCCCGGAUUUGCCCAGGCAUGUUCUACCGGAUCCACCCUGGAUCAACUUCUCAGCAACGCAGCAACGGAGUCGCUGUACAAUUUCUGCUUGCAGUCCUUCUUUGAACGGAAGGCCGACAUGUUGGAACGCGAGGAAGUCAACGUACCUGCGACAAGCUAUUUUGACAACACCGAUGCCGUGCGUGGCUUGCUGAAACAGGGCAACGGACUGCUCAGCAUUCUCGAUGACCAGACCAAGCGCGGAAGAACGGACGCCCAGUUUGUCGAAUCGCUGCGGAAACGAUUCGAGAACAAAAACCCGGCUAUCUCGGUGAGCAGCUCCAAUGGAACCGGUUACGUGUCCCAAGGAGCACGAUCGGCCUUCACAGUGAAACAUUUCGCCGGUGAGGUUGAUUAUUCUGCCGACGGCUUAAUCGAAGAGAACGGGGAAGUCGUUUCCGGCGACCUCAUGAAUCUCAUGAGAUCCACAAGAAGUGAUUUCGUGAGAGAACUCUUUGGUCAGGAGGCGCUGCAGACCGUGACUCACCCCAAAGAGAAAACCGCCAUCAUGCAAGCGCAGGUCAGCUCGAAGCCUAUGCGAAUGCCAAGCAUGGCGAGGCGAAAGACGAGUCCCGCAUCUCGACUAGCAUUCGAUGCCCCCCUUGCAGAAGAACAAGACGAGUACGAGAGCCAAGUGGGCAGCACGAAGAACUCCAAGGGUGGCCGAAAGAGCAUGAUGCUCACCAACGGUAUGCAGGGUGCCGCGGGCCAGUUCCUUGCCUCGCUUGACAUUGUCAACAAAUACCUCAGCUCAGCCGACGUCAAUCCCUAUUUCAUCUUCUGUCUGAAGCCGAAUGACCGCCGAAUUGCCAAUCAGUACGAUAGUAAAUGUGUGCGCGCACAGGUGCAGACAUUCGGAAUCGCUGAGAUCAGUCAACGUCUCAGAAAUGCGGACUUCAGCGUAUUCCUUCCCUUUGCGGAGUUCCUCGGUCUGGCUGAAAUCGGAAACGUUGUGGUCGGAAGUGACAAGGAGAAGUCCGAGGUCGUUUUGGAUGAGAAGCGGUGGCCCGGGAAUGAAGCGCGAGUCGGCAGCACAGGUGUGUUCCUCAGCGAGCGCUGCUGGGCAGAUCUGGCCAAGGUUGGAGAGCGAGUCGUUCCUGUUUAUCCCGCCGAGGGAUCAGAUGAGGGCGGCGACGGAUUGCUCCAUCCUCGGACUGCCGGCUACAUGGACUCUAAAGUUCGCCUUCUCAACCCCGCUGACCAAUCUCCUGGUACCUAUAUUUAUGGGGAUGACAACAAACAGGGCUACUUUGGUAGCCGCGAUUUGGAUGGACGCUCCGACGCCGGCGGCUCUGCCUUCAACUCGGGCGACAUGUUCCGUAAUCUGGAAACCAAAGAGCAAAUGUUGGAGAAAGGAAAUGAGAAGAAGAUGGAGGAGGUCGAUGAACAUCCUGUCUCGGGCAGUCGCAAGCGCUGGAUGGCUAUCGUCUACCUUCUUACCUUCUAUUUGCCCGACUGGGCAAUCAAAGUCUUCGGCCGGAUGAAACGCAAGGAUGUGCGACUCGCCUGGCGCGAAAAAUUCGCCAUCAACCUGAUCAUCUGGUUCAGCUGUGGUCUCGCAAUUUUCAUCAUCGUCGGUUUCCCUGGUCUCAUAUGUCCUACACAGCAUGUCUAUUCCGCUUCCGAGCUACAAUCGCAUGAUGGUAAAGACGGUCAUAGCUCUUUCAUUGCCAUUCGUGGCGUGGUUUUGGACCUGGACAAAUUUAUGCCCUCUCAUUAUCCUGAUAUCGUUCCGCAGUCAGCACUGAAAAAAUAUGCCGGUGUCGACGCGACUGGUCUCUUCCCGGUGCAAGUGUCAGCUCUCUGCCAGGGCAAGUCUGGCAAGGUUGACCCGUCGGUGCUCUUGGAUUACAAGCCAACGAACGUGUCUGGCUCGGCUAAUACGAUAAGCACUGGCGACGUCAACGCCAAAUACCAUGAUUUCCGCCAUUUCACGAACGACUCGCGUCCUGAUUGGUUCUACGAGCAAAUGUUGAUGCUAAAAUCGAAUUACAAAAAGGGUUACAUUGGCUACAGUUCAGAGUACCUGAAGACCCUGGCCGAGAAGAAGUCGAAAUCGAUUGGAAGCAUCGACGGCAAAAUCUACGAUCUGACGGAUUACGUGGCUGGAGGCCGAAGAACGCAGGCCCCUGCUGGCGAAGAGGUUCCGUCCGGCGUCGACCGCGAUUUCAUGGACCCGGGGGUAGUACAGCUGUUCCAGCAACUUUCUGGUCAGGAUAUCACGAAAUACUGGCAGAACCUGAAUAUCGACGAGGGUCUCCGGAGUCGAAUGCAACUCUGCCUAGACAAUCUCUUUUUCGUCGGUCAUGUCGAUACCCGUAAUUCGCCUCAGUGCCAGUUCGCACAAUACUUCCUUCUCGCCAUUUCGAUCUUCAUCUGCUUGAUCGUUCUCUCCAAGUUCUUGGCGGCACUUCAGUUUGGCAAAAAGAACAUCCCUGAGAACCUCGAUAAGUUCAUCAUCUGCCAGGUUCCGGCUUACACCGAAGAUGAGGAGUCUCUUCGUCGUGCUAUCGAUUCCAUGGCUCGCAUGCAGUAUGACGAUAAGCGCAAGCUCUUGGUUGUGAUCUGUGACGGUAUGAUUAUUGGACAAGGCAACGACCGUCCCACGCCCAGAAUUGUCUUGGACAUUCUAGGCGUUCCCGAAUCGGUGGACCCCGAACCCCUUAGCUGCGAGGGUCUGGGCGAGGGCUUGAAGCAACACAACAUGUCCAAAAUCUAUUCCGGUCUGUAUGAAGUGCAAGGUCACAUUGUUCCUUUCCUGGUUGUCGUCAAGGUCGGAAAACCCUCCGAAGUGUCGCGACCUGGUAACCGUGGAAAGCGAGACUCCCAGAUGGUUCUCAUGCGAUUCCUCAACCGCAUUCAUUACAACCUGCCUAUGAGUCCGAUGGAAUUGGAAAUGCAUCAUCAAAUCCGCAACGUUAUAGGAGUUAAUCCGACCUUCUACGAAUUCAUUUUACAGGUCGACGCCGACACAGUCGUUGCUCCGGAUGCAGCUACUCGAAUGGUGGCGCCCUUUUUGGCCGAUACUCGUAUCAUCGGUGUCUGCGGAGAAACAGCGCUGACCAACGCGAAAACUUCCGCGGUGACCAUGAUCCAGGUCUACGAAUACUACAUCUCCCACAAUCUCAUCAAGGCUUUCGAGAGUUUGUUCGGUUCCGUCACAUGUAUGCCUGGUUGUUUCUCCAUGUAUCGCAUUCGUUCUGCCGAAGCCGCAAAGCCACUGUUCGUCAGUCACGAGAUUUGCGAGGCGUAUUCCGAGAUCCGCGUUGACACCCUGCACAUGAAAAAUCUUCUGCACCUCGGUGAGGAUCGUUACCUGACGACCCUUCUCCUGAAGCAUCAUCCCAAGUACAAGACUAAGUUCAUCUUCGCUGCGAGAGCCUGGACUAUUGCUCCCGAGAGUUGGGCUGUGUUCUUAUCGCAACGUCGUCGGUGGAUCAACUCUACUGUUCAUAACCUGAUUGAGUUGAUUCCUCUUCAGCAACUGUGUGGUUUCUGCUGUUUCAGUAUGAGAUUCAUCGUUUUUGUUGAUCUUCUUUCCACCGUUAUCCAGCCCGUUACCAUUGCCUAUAUCAUCUAUCUCAUUGUCUGGCUUGUUCGGGAUACGUCCACCAUCCCUUACACGUCUUUCAUUUUGCUCGCAGCCAUCUAUGGUCUACAGGGUCUCAUCUUCAUUCUCCGUCGGAAGUGGGAGAUGAUUGGUUGGAUGAUCAUCUACAUUCUCGCCAUGCCCGUCUUUGCCCUGGCUCUUCCGCUGUACUCUUUCUGGCACAUGGAUGACUUCUCAUGGGGUAACACUCGUGUCAUCACUGGAGAAUCAGGUCGUCAACUUGUCAUCUCCGACGAAGGUAAAUUCGACCCAGCGUCUAUCCCCAAGAAGAAGUGGGAGGAGUAUCAGGCAGAACUGUGGGAAGCGCAAACCUCUCGGGAUGAUCGAUCCGAAGUUUCUGGCAUCUCCUACGGCACUAAGUCCUACCACCCGGGUCAGUCCGAAUAUGGAUUCCCUGGUGCUCGACCGGUGUCGCAUCUUGACCUCCCUCAUCAUGGAUCACGGAUGUCGUUGGCUCCUUCGGAGAUGAUGAGCCGGCAUAUGGACAUGGAAAUGGAGGACCUCAGUCACCUGCCUCCUGAUGAUGCUAUCCUUGCCGAAAUUCGUGACAUUCUCAGAUCCGCGGAUUUGAUGACUGUGACGAAGAAGAGCAUUAAACAAGAGCUGGAGAGACGUUUCGGUAUGAGCCUAGACGCCAAACGCCCGUACAUCAACUCAGUCACGGCUUCGCCUCCAUCGACCUUCUUGAAACUCCCGAGUCUUCUCGAAGCAGGGCCGAAAUAUCGGGGCAUUCUCCCGCGAGAGAUGCGCUCUUACUCCGGCUGGAAGUUGAAAUGCGAUGAGUCUAAGCCGGCUUGUAACAAAUGUGUUAAAGCGUCUCGGAACUGUGUCUACGGAGAACAAUCUAUAUUCCGUAGCCAGGAGAUCGAUUCGACGCCAGAUCGCAAAAGACGAUGUACUAGCGAUCAGCGAGAGAAGCAGGCUGGCGAGACCGGGGAACAAACUACCUGGGUAGACCUUCCAGCUGAAUUCACGUUCGUUCAGGUGGAAGACCCCGGGGACGUUGAGAGUUCAAGGGCAAUAGAGACUAGUGAAGCAACUGCGGAUGAUGAAGAAAAUGGUACAGGAAGGGCGAUAAAUACUGGCGAAGGAUAUGAUACUCCUGGGUCUCGUCCAGCGUCGCAUUAUGCCCCUGCUGCGACACCUUCUUUUCACCGCACAACGACCAGCGGCCAGCAUACACCACGACCGAAUGAUUCUUCCAUCUAUUCCAGCCACUACCCAGAGUCUCAUUCGCUCGACAAAGUUCUUGUCUCAUACCUUUUGCGGCAUUUCAAGCAAGGCCCAGGCCAGUGGAUGGAUCUUCUGGACACUACGUCAUACUUUUCCUCCAAAGUGCCUGUCAUCGCGGCAUCAAAAGCUUUGCUGAGAUCUGCGGUUUGUGCCCUCUCUGCAAAGCAUCUCAUACAUGUCUGUCGAGUUAGGAGCCAAGCUGGUGCCAACUCUAGGUUCUUACCUAGUUACAUCGGCCUUCCCUCCUCCAAUGAAGAGACAUGGCGAUAUCACUCAGCGAGAUACUACGACCAAGCCCUUGGGCAUCUCAAGGUUGCUGUGACAUCAGAAUCGUAUUCCAAUAACUUACCGGAUAAGGAGGAAAUGCUCGCGGCUGUCGCGAUCCUUUGUGCUUUUGAGCUGAUGGACGCCCCCGGGAGCGCAUGGAGAGCUCAUCUGAGUGCUUUGCCUCUUUUCGAUGAUCAGUCUACUUCUGUGUCCGGUCAUUCUUCAGUCAUCAUCCCUCAUACAGCUAUAAAAGGCCCGAUAUUUUGGAGUCUGGCGAGACAAGACCUGCUAUGUGCCUUCAUAAGCGAGACCGCAACCCGACUGGACUUGAAAGAUAUGCGUCUCUGGCAGAACGCAGGAUUGGCUACGGACGAGAAUGGGGAGCUUUUACCCUACAGCCCACUAGACGUGAUGGAAAGUCAAAUCUCCUCCGCAUUCGAAGAAGAUAUGAAGAGCAACGAGCUUACCUGGAUUCUCGGUAAAAUUGCCAACUUUCUUACUGCAGGGGACGCUUUAGUCCCGGGGAUCAAUGCGUUACCACCCUGCCAACGGCCUCUAAUCGGGCUGAACCAGGAACAUCUUUUAGAGCGGUGGAACUUACUGAUGACCGACUUGGAUAGAUGGCAUGAUUCUCUUCCUGCAUCAUUCCGUUCGACAGCUCGUACCCGAAGACUGGGCAGCGCAGCUCCAGGUCUUGAGCUGAGCUUCGACACGUUCGAGCAGAUCUGGUUCGAUGUGCCAUUGUGCGCAGCAACGAUCCAGAGCUACCAUCAAGCCAAAAUCUUGUUAUUGGCUAACGAACCGCAAGAAUCAACUGCUAUUCGUUCCACCGUCUCAGCACGCCUGAGAUCCUACCGGCAUGCCCUCCGGGAAGUCAUCUAUCAUGCCCGGGAGGUCUGCGGUAUCAGUCUUGCCAAUCCGACAGACCCGUUCCGGGUCCAUUCCGUACAGGCCCUGUUCGUGGCCGGGCAGGUCUUCCAGGAGCGUCGUGAGCAGGACGCGGUCCUUCAGCUACUUUCUGGAAUUGAAAGGGACCUUGGAUGGACUACGAGAUAUCAUAUGGCGAAGUUGAAGGAUGAAUGGGCCAGAGGGAGAGAAGGGAAUCACGUUGAUCGUGAUACGCAGGGCUAUGAGUCCAAUUGGUUCAUCUCCUAG